GUGGGCGCCGCCUGCGCUGCGUAUUCGAGGCAGCGCCCGCGAGCCAUGUUUCCCGUCCUCAGCAGCUCUCGGCUGCCCUCCGCGACUGCCUGGCGAAGGACGCUAGGCAGGUGCGAUCAACGGGUAAUUAGCCUUAGCUACAACCGCCAAGCAGCGGUGUGCAAGCAAGUGCAACGCCAGUGUUUUCUCUCCACCAAGCUCCACUGGCGCAAUCUUCAGCAACACUGCCACGACCAUGGACGCGGCGAUGGACUGGCUCGGCCUGCUGCUCACGCCGGCUGCCGUGCGCGCCUUCUACCUCGCCGCCUCAGUUCUUGUCCUCGUCAUACAGGCCACGCCCGCCCUUCGCAUCCGCUUUCUUGCCUACGGUUCGCGUGCAACAGCAGCGCAGCCAGCCCAGACCUGCCCGCCGAAUGGCCUUGAACGGCUGCUCGACUAUGUGGCGAGCUUCCAGGUCCCGCACAACUACUUCACCCACUUUUACGUCGUCUCAGUAGCAAGCUCCCUUCUCUGGGGAUGGAAGUUGCGGCUCUGGGACGCGGGCGGGCAACUGCCUGUCCUGUGGGCCCUGAUGCUACUCCAGGGCGUGCGACGACUGGUUGAGUCGCACGCGUAUACGUCUUCGAGCAACAGCACCAUGUGGUUUGCGCAUUGGAUUUUGGGGCUGCUUUUCUACCUGGCGACCAACGUGGCCGUCUGGGUGGAUCUGCAAGCAGACAUUGGGCCGCAUCGCGAGUCCUACCCAGCUGCGCUAAGCUGGAAGACUGCCACAUUCGCACCUGCAGUCCUCACCGCCCAGGCCCUACAGCACGUCUACCAUGCCUACCUCUAUCGGCUUCGCACGCAGAACAAUGGCUAUCAGUUGCCGUCGCACCCGCUCUUUCCGGACCUGCUCUGCCCGCACUACACCUGCGACAUUGCCGUGUACGUCCUGCUAUCGUUUCUCGGUGCACCCACCGGAUGCCCGAUCAAUUGGACAUUGGCAUCGGCCGCUUUAUUCACAGCUGUAAACCUCGGCGUCACAGCUGCCGGCACGAAGGACUGGUAUGCGCAGAGGUUCGGUAAAGACAAGGUGAGCGCGCGGCGGCGCAUGAUCCCUUGGUUGUGGUAACUUUAGCAAUCUACCCAAACCUUUUUGUC